GUAUAUUCUUAGUGGCCAACCAGAACCAUGGACAGCUCGGGGAAAGGAAAUAAAAAGGAACUGCAAGAUGGACCACCAAAAGAAGCGAAGCUGCCUAUCAGCGAGGCCUUUCUGGACUAUCAGCGUGAAAUAAAGGAGAAUGCAGUGGAGCGGGUCAUGUUUCAGAUCAAGAAGCUGAGGGACAAGAACCAAAAGUACCAAGACAGGAAUAGACGCUUGAAGGAGGAACAGAACUGGCACGUAAGGAAUCUCCUAAAAGAACUGAGUGAGGAGAAGAAAGAAGGAUUACCAGUUGUGACAAGAGAGGAUGUUGAGGAAGCAAUGAAGGAAAAAUGGAAGUUUGAAAGAGACCAGGAGGAAAACUUGAAAGAGAUGCGCAUACAAAUAAGUGACGCAGAGAAGCUAUUUCUUGAAAAACUCAGUGAAAAGGAAUAUUGGGAAGAGUACAAGAACGUAGGGAGCGCACAGCACGCUCAGCUUAUUGGCUCCUUACAGCAGGAGAUCGAUUCCGUUAAGGAUAACGCAGAGAAAAUGUCAGAACAAUAUAAAGAGAUGCUGGAAGAAUCUAGGAAGAGACUAAUCAAAGAAACAUUGGCACAACUGGACCAAAGGAAGGAAUGGGCCACGCAGAAUGCUGUAAGGUUCAUUGACAGGACCAACUAUCGGGAGAUAUGGGAGAACGACUGGCUAAAAAAAGAAAUUGCAAUUCACAGGAAUGAAGUCGAAGAACUGGAAAAGUCUAUUCAUCAACUAGAAGAGGAAAAUUUGGUGCUGAUUGACCAGCUCUUUAACUGUAGACUUGUGGAUCUCAAAAUACCCAGGAAACUGUUCCUCACUCAAGCCGCUGGGCAGCAAUUGGUGCCUGAAGACACCCUUUUCAAGUUGCCAGAGUUAGACACAGAGGAGAAUUUGAAAUUGCCCUGUGAAGCAGAGAGUGGAGACAUAUUGAACCUCUUGCUGGGGAGCAGCCCAGAUUCCCAACUCACGAAGAUAGAAAGAGAAGGCAGUGUUGCUGCAGAGAAGGAGAGCUCUGUCAUCCACUACUUACUGCAUGAGGAUGAGCAGGAUUUCAAGGAUUACGUAGACUUGGGGCCACUGGCAUUGAAGCUUAUGAGUGUGGAGGGCAAGAAAAUGCCCAUUCAUUUUCAAGAGAAGGAAAGUCCAGUCAAGUUUUAUGAAGACAUCCAGAAUCCUGAAAACCAUAUCACACAUAAGAUGAUGAAGACGUUUUUCUAGCCCUGGGAGCCGCGAUGUGAAAACCACCUUUCUUUAUAAAUUCUUUGUCAAUUAAAGUGUUCAAGUUGCUCACAUUGCUCACAUAGCAGUCCAUUACCAAAGCUGGUGUUUCUAAUGGUUGUAAACACCUUUA